GCAUGGCGUAAGUGGUCAGCAGGCCUUAUCGGAGCAGUCUUGGCCCUGAGGGCUGGGAGCGCCAGCACCGUGCCCCAUUAUCACCCCCCGCUGUUUGCGGACAAUAUGUUUUCACCGCAGGGGCCCAUGACUGACAGCGCGGUGACAAGGAGCGUGAGCUCGGUGCACUUCCUGUUUCCUGCUGCCUGUCACAGGGGCCUUUAUCAGUGGCGCCCAGUUGGGACUUGCCCUCGACGCCAGUCCCUCCAUGCGACACGGAACGCGGUCCCAAAGCGCAGUCCCAGCUACGACACCCGCUUGCAAGCACACAGAGUAAGCGCCGAUCGCUUUACCACGUCAGAAUAUUUACCGAAGAUGCGCCACACCUGGCUGUGUGUGAGCCAGCUGCUCUGCGUGCUGCUACCCCUGCUGGGGGGCGAGAGUUGCCCCGCUCGCUGUACCUGCCGCAGGGGGCGGAUCGACUGCAGCGGCCGUAUGCUGAGCGGCGACGGUCUGCCUGCUACCUUUCCCCGGGACGCCACCGAAAUCCAGCUUCACGACAACCAGCUGAGCUCCCUGCCCAACGGCCUGCUGGACGGGCUGCCCGCUCUGCGCACCGUCACCCUGCACGGCAACCCGUGGGUGUGUGACUGCGGCCUGCUCUACCUGCGCAGCUGGCUGCUGAAGCAGGAGGACCGCAGCCUUUACCGCAACAUCACCUGCAGCUCCCCCCCAGGCCUACAGGGAAGGUUGGUCAUGUACCUGGUGGAGGAGGAGGUGCUCCAGUCCUGCCGCUACUGGUACUGCAACCUGGCUCUGGCCUCGCAGGUCAGCCUCAUGGUCUUCAUCGUCAUGCAGGCCAUCCUGCUGCUCUUCCUCAUCCUCUUCCUACGGCGCUUCGAAAAGCUCUCGCAGGAGGCCCGGCACACAGCUGAGGAGAGCUUAACGGGGAGGGAGACGGGAAGUGACAACGAGUUUGUGCCCCUGAAAGAGAGAACUGAGUAAACUGGGUGGGGGGGUCAAGGUGCAAGGCAGGGCACGCCUGGACAGGUACAGCAUAUUAUGAAUGCCUCUGAUUCGAAAGCCGAACUGGUUUGGCCUCGCGGGACGUCGGAAGAACGCUGCAGCCUUGCUGAGGUGCGGAUGCUCCCCACACAUGUUGUUCCACCAGAAGCUUUGGAUUUUUACUGCUCUGCCCAUGAGGUGAAAUGAGCACUUGACAGGAAAACACAACAAUCGCUAUCAAAUACAUUCAUGUACUUAAUACACAGUCUCAGUGACUAUUGAGAAUAUUAUAUUUCAUGCUUUAAUUUUUCGUAAUGGUAAAAAAUUAAUAUAAUAAUAUACGUAUAAUACACACACACGUUUUCCGAAC